ACUCAGAAACGGAUCCCUGAUAAACACUCACAGGGCGUUAAAACCUCCACGGAUAGUCUACAUUAAAGCAACUUUAGAUCAAUAUGAAGAGCUCACUUAUACGCUUUCUUUUCCUCUUGCUCGCAAUGGGUGUGUGUGCUGAUACUGAUGGACCAAAUUCAGUGUCAGUGAUGGAGGGAGAUUCAGUCACUCUAAACUCCGGUCUAAUUGCAAUACAGAGCGAUGAUGUAAUUGAGUGGAGGUUUGAUGGAAAUCGUAUAGCUAAAAUCUCCAGCGAGUCCAGUGAGAUCUCAGUGUGGAUUAGUUCUGAUGAGGCAUUUUUAAACAGACUGCAACUGAACAAUCAGACUGGAGAUCUAAAGAUCACAAACAUCAAAACCACAAACUCUGGACAGUAUACACUAAUAAUCAAAAGCAGCAGCGGGUCCUCAGACAUGACAUUCAUUGUUAAAGUUGUAACAAACGCAGUGAAGAAACUGUCAGCGAAGGAGGGAGAUUCUGUUACUCUACACACUCAUACUGAAAUACAGAACGAUGAUCUGAUAUUGUGGAUGUUUGGAAACACUGUCAUAGCUAAAAUUGACAAAGCUGCCCAACGAUUCUCCAUAUCUGAUUAUCCUGAUGGAAGAUUCAGAGACAGACUGAAGCUGAAUAAUCAGACUGGAUCUCUGACCAUCACAAACACCAAAACUACAGACUCUGGACUUUAUGAACUGAAGAUCAGCAGCAGCAGACGCUCCAUAAACAGGAGAGUCACUGUUACUGUCACUGUUGUAACAGAUGCAGUGAAGACAGUGUCAGUGGAGGAGGGAGAUUCUGUUACUCUACACACUGAUACUGAAAUACAGAGCAAUGAUCUGAUACAGUGGAUGUUUGGAAACACUGUCAUAGCUAAAAUUGACAAAGCUGCCCAACCAUUCCACACAUAUGAUGGUCCUGAUGGAAGAUUCAGAGACAGACUGAAGCUGGAUCAUCAGACUGGAUCUCUGACCAUCACAAACACCAGAACCACAGACUCUGGACUUUAUGACCUGAGGAUCAGCAGCAGCAACAGACGCAACAUAAACAGGAGAUUCACUGUUACUGUUACUGCUGUUUCAGGUUCAGGUCUGGCUACAGGGAUUGGUGUUGGUGUUGGUGUUGGUGUUCUGUUGGCUGGAGCUGUCUACUGGUUCAAGAAAUCUAAACAAAAAAACAUUAGGGGUGUUGAAGAGAAUAUACAAUCCAUGCUUUGAAUGGGACACAGGACUCAAAUGAUCCUGCUAAUGAAGAGAAUAAUUUGGCCAGUGAUCCUUCAGAGAAUAACAGCAGUUUGUAAUCGCUAUAAAAAUAUACACGUGAAGUCAACCCAUUUUGUGAUUUUUUGACCAUUUUGUUUUGUGAUAUGAAACUAAUGAGUGAAGACUUUAAAUUGCUUUGACAUGAAUAGAGAAACAUGCUUUGGUUUAUGUAACGGUUUGCUGUUUGUGCUGAUACUGAUAUUGCACUGAUGAUAUUAUGUUGUUUUUUACUAAGAGCCAGUUUGGCUGAUUCAUUGUGAUGCAGGAUGUUACACUGUGAAAUGGCUGCAAAAUUUUGCAGGAAUGAUCUCAAGCUAAUGAAUGUAUAUAUGCUUUUAUUCUUGUUUUUGUUUAUUUGAUGCUCUUGCACUGUUACAUCACACAUAUUUGUGCUUUAUUGAAGUGUUCAUGCUUAAAUAUUUUGUAUGGUACAAAUAGUACCCAUAGACACCAUUAUAUAUAUUUUUAAUCUGUCUGUCGCUCAAUAAGAUGCGAAUGCGAUAUCUGAUAUGUGUGUUUAUACAGGAGUUACAGAUGAUCUUACUGUCUAAACAUUUCAUUCCUUCAGCUUUUGCUUGUUUAGAAACCAGUGUCAUAACAAGAAAACACAUCACAAUAUUCUCAGUUCACAUUUUCAGUAUUAUGACAAUAAAAUGUUGUGUUAUUAAUU